AUGGAUGUGAGGGUAGCUCACUGCCUGCUCCUUUGGGCUGUGCACUUCUUCCCAGCUGCACCACGCAACCCUCUCAGGGUUGUCAGUAAGGAAUCAAAACCUGGCAGUCAGCAAGAUGGAUGUAUAAAUCUCAUUCCCUGCAUAGACAAUGGAGCUGUUUGUGUUCAGCAUUGCUCUCCCUCAUUCCAUGGGGAGAGAAGCUUUGUCUGCAAAGACAGAAAUUGGGAAAUGUUCACAGAUAACUGUGCAAGCCUGGAUGUUCAGUCUCUGUUUCAGAGGAUUUCUGAACGUAAGCCCGGAGGACACCUUCCUUUUGUAGGGGAAGGAAAACCAGCAUAUGGAAAGCCUGGAAAUGAAGGAAAAUAUCUUGGUGCUUAUGACGAUGGGAACAGCAACUGCCAAGCUGAUUUUUCAUGCAUCAUCCCAGAUAUCCUGUCCUCACCAGCCAUUGCAGGAAACAUUGCUGAUAUAGUGGAAUUACUAAAGAAUAUUUCCCUGCUCUUAUCAGAGAAUGUCAGUAGAGGAAAAAUGCAGAGUUACAGCAGGAUUGCAAACCAUAUUCUGAACAGCUCCAUCAUUUCCAACUGGGCAUAUGUAAGGGACAGAAAUGCUGGUUCAAUAUUACUGGACUCUGUGAAUUUCUUUGCUGGCAAACUUCUUCUAAGGAAUGACUCGGAAACCAUACAGGAACACUUUAUCUCUACAAAAGGCUACAGCAUACACAAAAACACUUCAGGAAAGAGUUUUGACUUUUCUAUGGAGUUCAAUAACACCAGCAAUAUCACUGGGCAUGUGGUCAUUCCAGAAGAAGAGCUUGUGAAAUUACCCAGGACUUCCAAAGCCAUCAGCAUUGCAUUUCCAACACUCGGAGCCAUUAUAGAAACCAGCCGGCUGGACCCUGGCUUGGUGAAUGGAAUGGUCUUGUCAGUGUCCCUGCCAGAAGAGCUCCAGCAUAUUUUGCUCACCUUUGAGAAGCUGAAUAAACAGGAGAACUUUAAGGCUCAGUGUGUUGGGUGGCACUCCACUGAAAGGAAGUGGGAUAACAGGGCUUGCAGGGUGAAGCUGGACACCUUCAGCAGCGUUGUCUGCAUCUGCAAGCAUCACCGUCGGACAUUCAAAUCCUUCUCCAUUUUGAUGUCCCCCACCAUGCUGCCAAAUGCAGUGCUGGAUUACAUUACACGUGUAGGGUUAGGCCUUUCCAUUUUCAGCUUGGUUCUCUGCCUUGUCAUCGAGACCGUGGUCUGGCAUCAUGUGACAAAAACUGAAAUAACCUACAUGCGUCAUUUUUGUUUGGUCAACAUCGCUGCGUCGCUUCUCAUUGCUGAUGUUUUGUUCAUCUUGGUUGCUGUUGUGCACAAUAUAACCCUGAACUACCAGCUGUGUGUAGCAGCCACUUUUUUCCUUCACUUUUUCUACCUUGCCUUGUUUUUCUGGAUGUUUACGUUGGGCCUCUUGAUUCUCUAUGGAUUAUUAUUGGUUUUUUUUAAGAUAACAAGAUCUGCGUUCAUAGCUACAGCAGUUUCUAUUGGAUAUGGAUGUCCCUUGGUCAUAGCCAUCCUUACUGUUGCUAUUACUCAACCAAAAAAUGGAUAUUUAAGGAGUGGAGCCUGCUGGCUCAACUGGUAUGAGACAAAAGCCCUCUUGGCCUUUGUCAUUCCCGCUCUGAGCAUCAUUGUCGUGAAUGUGGUGGUGGUGUUGGUGGUUGUGGUGAAGACUGGGAGAUCCUCGAUUGGAGAAGGCUGCAAGUCACAAGAUUUGAGCAGCAUGAUCCGCAUGAGCAAGAAUGUUGCCCUUCUGACACCCCUCCUGGGUCUCACCUGGGGGUUUGGAUUGGCAACGAUUGUGGACAGUCACUCUCUGGCAUUCCAUGUGACGUUUGCACUGCUCAACGCCUUCCAGGUAAACUCAGCAAGACUUGGGAAUGGCACCUGCUUGGCUUUUGCUGAACUUGGGAAAAGGUAG